AUGGUCCUCCGGCGAGACAGGGGGUUGGUGCAGGCCACACGAACCCGCCGUAAAACACCAGUGCAGGAAGCACACGAUGCGAGCCGGACCAAUCGGCACGGAACUGGACAUCUUACGAGGUCCCACGAUUGGAAGCUCGGGACGUGGAAUUGCAGGUCUCUCAGAUUUGACGGGAGUAUCCGCAUACUCUCCGACAUAUUGAGGGUCCGCAAGUUCAGCAUCGUAGCGUUGCAGGAGGUUUGCUGGAUAGGCGCGGAGGAGGUACGAGAGUACAAAAGAUUGGGUUGUAGAAUCUACCAGAGCCGCGGCAAGAAAAAGAGGCUCGGGACAGCCUUUAUAGUGCUGGGCGAAAUGCUCGAUCGUGUGAUUGGGUGGACCCCGGUCACCGACCGAAUGUGCGUGUUGAGGGUUAAGGGCCGUUUCUUCAACAUCAGCAUCAUAAAUGUGCACAGCCCGCACUCAGGAAGCGAAGAUGACGAGAAGGACGCAUUUUACGAGCAGCUGAACUGGACGUACAACAGCUGCCCAAAACAUGACGUCAAAAUCGUCAUCGGAGAUUUUAACGCUCAGGUUGGCCAGGAGGCGGAAUUCAGACCGGUGAUAGGAAAGUUCAGCGCCCACGUACGCACGAACGAAAACGGCCUGCGACUGAUCGACUUCGCCACCUCCAAAAAUAUGGCCGUACGAAGUACCUGCUUCCAGCACAAGGAACGGAAUCGCAAAUCGACCACGUCGUAA